AUGAAAGCGUACAACAAUGAAACUGUUAAGUUUUUCAUACUGCUAAGCGCCACCUUGGAAUGCUUUGAUGCACAUAUCAAGAACAAAAGCGUUUCUAUCCUCGACUCCCUUUCCUUCCCGGCAAUCGAUCAGUUAGUGGUCGAUCGUUCCGCUUGCAACAUUUGCUCAGAGGCCUAUCAAAAUAUGCUCGAGUUUUACAACAAAAAGAUCGUCCGCCUUAAUGUGGAUCAGGGGGAAUUUCGCAUUGUCGAGUACAAAAAGUUCACUAAUGAUCGCUUUGCUGUUUGUUUUGAUAUACAAUAUGCGCUUAAUCGUACUGAAUGGGUAUGGUCUGAUCUACUCAAUUGCCAAUAUUCCGAUAAAUUCACUCCACAUAUUCUUUUACCUGUGAUAGUGUGUCUUAUCACUUUUGUAACAUUCCAUACUUUGAUGUGCACCGUGUUCCUUCGGCCUAUGCGGGUAUGGGUCUAUCAGCCAAAACGUGUUGCACUUCGACGAAGUCACGCGAGCACCUCCAGGCCUCAAGGCCAGAUUACUUAUGUGACAUCCUACGGGAGUCUGGCGUCUUCCUCACUUCAGCAAUUCGAAUCGACAGACUCCCUACUACGGCACACACAUCAGAACAAACAUUGCGAUGAACACAGUCACUUGCUGUCACGAUAA